GCUGUCGCUCACGUGAGUGUGCGACCCGGGGAGCGAUGGCGGUGCGGCUAACCUGCUUCCUGAUGCUGCUGGGGCUCGCGGCGCGCGGGUUCGUGCCGGCACAUGCCGGGAAGAUGAAGGUGGUGGAGGAGCCCAAUACAUUCGGGCUGAAUAACCCGUUCCUGCCCCAGGCAAAUCGCCUUCAGCCUAAGAGAGAACCUUCGCCUGUAUCGGGGCCUGUACAUCUUUUCAGACUUGCUGGCAAGUGCUUCAGCCUAGUGGAGUCGACGUACAAGUAUGAGUUCUGCCCUUUCCACAACGUGACCCAGCAUGAGCAGACCUUCCGCUGGAACGCAUACAGUGGUAUCCUUGGCAUCUGGCAUGAAUGGGAAAUCAACAAUAAUACCUUCAAAGGCAUGUGGAUGACUGAUGGGGACUCCUGCCACUCCCGGAGCAGGCAGAGCAAGGUGGAGCUCACCUGUGGAAAGAUCAACCGACUGGCCCAUGUGUCUGAGCCAAGCACCUGUGUCUACGCAUUGACAUUUGAGACCCCCCUGGUCUGCCAUCCCCAUUCUUUGUUAGUGUAUCCAACCCUGCCAGAAGCCCUGCAGCAACGCUGGGACCAGAUGGAGCAGGACCUGGCAGACGAGCUAAUCACAAUGCAGGGCUAUGGGAAGUUGCUGAGGGUGCUUUUUGAGGAUGCUGGCUACUUAAAGGUCCCAGGAGAAACCCAUCCCACUCAGCAGCAGGCAGGAAAUUCUAAGGGCCUGGGGCUUGACACCUUGGACAACUGCAGAAAGGCACAUUCAAAGCUGUCCCAGGAGGUACAAAGACUGACCAGUCUAUUGGACCAGCAUGGAAUCCCCCAUACUCAGCCCACAGAAACCACCCACUUUGAGCACCUGGGUCAGCAGCUCCCCAUAGGUGCAACCUCAGAGCAGCUGCGGGGAGACCCGGGACUACGUGGGAACAUCCUGUGAUCCAGGUGGCCAGGAAGGAUGAAGAACAGAAACAUCCUCAGCCUUAGGUGUCUUUUCAGAGAGGCCAGGCGUGGUCUCACUGGGGUAUACAAAGUGUUAUGGUGGAGACAUGGCUUCUUUUGACAUCUUCUAGGCCAAGCAGGGUCACUGAUACACACAAGGACCUGCUGGCCAGCCUUUGUUGUGCCCAGAGACCCAGACAGAAUAAAUUUCAAAGUUUUAAUUAAUCUCA